AUGGGUAAUCUCUCAAAACCAACACGUUCGCUUAACCCGCUGGGGGUCGCCGGGCUCUUUGAGCCUAGUCCGUUUCUCGACCACCUAGUCAAAUUUCUUGGAACUGUUUCUGGGACUGAUAAAGUUUUCAUGUUUGUCCAAUACUACUCUAAAAUUGUAACAUGGUUCCUGUUACGUGUAGGUAAAAAAAUUGCAGCUGAACAAAUCACAAAUCUAGCUACUCCAAUUUCCGAUUUUCGAAUAUUACUUCGUUAUUAUGGUCUCCUACCACUAAUUCAAUGGAUGAUCCACAUCGAGCACAACCCACCUCCCACGCGUUACUUACUCACAAUAGAACGUCUACAAAACUUCGCAAAUAUUCUCUACUACCCACUCGAACACAUGUGGUGGCUCGGCCAACAUAAAGUGAUCCCACUCGCGGAUACAACAAUGAAUCGGAUUGGGCUAUGGAGUUGUCGGUUUUGGGCGAUUUAUGUGAUACUGCAAUUCUUACAUUUGUAUGAGGAAUGGAAAUUGUUAAAGCGGCGUCGUAAUGAGAUUGCCAGAAAAGCGGUGACGAGUUCAUCGUCGUCGUCGAGUUCAGAUAGUGCUGAGAUUGAGAUGGAGCAAAAGGCGCUGAGAGUUAAUGAAGAAGAGAUUAUACGAAAUGCGAUUGUUAAUGUUGGGUAUCUCCCGUUGACACUUCAUUGGUCGAUCGAGAACUCUUCAUUCCCAGAUAUCGGUGUUGGCAUUUUUGGAACUCUUGCUGCAAUCUAUCAAUUCAUAGCUGUGUGGAAAAGCACUGGAUAA